AUGGCGGCCUACCAAGGCCCAGCUAUCGGUCGUGCAUCCUUGGACGGAGGCAGUAGACUGGAGCAAUUGCUACUACCGAAUGGAGCGUGCAGCUAUAGAGACUUGAACGCAGGAGUGCAAGCACCAACUUGUGGGUGUAGGAGAUUCUGGCUGAAUACUUCGACCGUAAUCGACGAUGAGCGUGAAAGAGCCUGGUGUUUCUGUGGACAUCACGCGUGCUUCCAUGAUACGACCUGUCAGGUCCAGAACGGCUGGGAGGCUGCUGGCAACGAACCCAACGUCUUCCCCAGCUCUCACCAAGUCAAUUCGUCUGGACAGGCUGGCGGGUUUGUUGCUCCAACAUGGAGCGAGCUGAUUGGAGAGAAUAGGUCGACAGGUUCGCGACAAGAGAACUUGGAAAUAGCGCCAGCGAGGUCGACCACAGGACUCGGCAUCGGGAAUGUGCGGUCGCAGUCACCAUCUAUCCACUCUCGACUCUGGCAAGCUUUGAAUGGCUUUGCGCGGCAGCAGGAUGAUGGACCAAAUUCUGGCGAUACCUCCAGACUACCAUCGACGGCUGUUCCCAGCGUGUACAACGAACAGAGAGCGAGCCCUCCGCGGGACAUUCAGGCGCGGCCACAGCGAUCGCGUAGUAUGGGACCACCUGUGAACAUCCCUCCAAUCAACAUCAACGAGAAUGGCAUGGACGAAUACAGUGCGACAGAAGUCGCAACGCCGAGCGUACAUGGCACGCCCGAUUUCAGAGCCUUGACAGCACCUGGCGCUCCUCUUGGUCCCUCACCAGUCCGUCGCUCGUCGCCCGCUCGUCCGAGAGCUGAAGCACCUUCUCAACAUCAGGACCGAUCGCAUCAAGCUCAACCAAAUGAAGUGCGUAUAUCCAACGUCAGCCUGCCAAGAGUGCCGACAGGCGUCAGUGUUGGACCUUCUUUGUCAAUCCAAGAGAUGUGCAAUACCAUUGAAGACUAUGGGAGACGAAUCAACUUGCUAGAGACGGUGUCCUUCUCCCAUAUGCCACCCGAGGAAGUUCAGGACAAAUUUGACUUCCUGGACGGUCGUGUCCUUGACCUGGAAACCUUUCGUCGAGAUCAGGACAAAGCGCAAGAAAAUGACGAUACCGAGCAGAGGCUCAGCCAGCUAGAUGCUCGGAUACAGGACCUAGAGGGUUGGCGAGACGAUCGUGAAACCCAACAUUCCAGUCAGGAAUCCAACAACCGCCACCGGAAGUCGAGCAGCAAGAAGAGGCGGCUGUUGCCUGAUGAUGAAGAUGCCGGAUCGAUCGCCUCGGAUGGUUCGUUCGACGAGAACGCCGCGGCGCAGACAGAAGCUGUUGUUCUUGCCACACUGGCUGCCAACGCCGAGACGGGGCCACGAAUCGACGCGCUCGAGUCUCGGAUUGCAGAGAUCGAAAACGCCACUUUGCCGUCGUAUGCUCGGCCAUGGCAUAUCCAGGUUGUCAUUCUACCAUUUGGUCGAGAUCUGCCCGGGGUCUGGUUCUCUGCCAGCGAGUCUUCCCGGCACUCUUUGCAAUCAGCUACGGAGGCCUCUGAAAAAUGGCCGGCCGCACAGAACGCGUUCAAGUCCUCAUUCCGCUCCGUUGAGAGCAGCGGGUGGACCACUGAAUCUAUCGAGGCCUGGAAUCGACAGUGUGCAAAUGGGGACCACACCGAGUGGCUGUCUCCGAAAGCCUGCGGGCCCACAGGCGCUGUGUUCCAGAGACUCGCAAGCCGCGGCCUGGUCAGAGAUAUCACCGUGCACGCACCAGAUGCACGCCAUAUAUUUGGUGCGAUAUCUCAAGCGUUUGGAGACGUAUUGCCGUACGAUGAGGGUGGGUUCAACGCCGCUACCGUCAAAAAGUACUGCGGGCUGAGGGAACGCUUUGUGCCUCUUCGCAAAGUGCGCAAGUCUACUCGAUUACGAUUUCUGAGCCCUGCUGAGAUGGUCACGCCGGCGACAUGGACAGCGGAUUUCCUGGAUUCGGUGUUCAUGAAGGUCAACGAUGGCGAAAGAAGGCUCUACUUGACAACGCCUUCUGGCUACCUACAAGCACAUCGACCCGGCUGGUCAUGGCCGUCACUGAGGGACCUCCCAACAUACGACGCCGACGGCGAAUUGCAAGCAGCCGAAGAUGAAGGCCGUUUGAUCGACUCCUGCUGGACCUACAACCAGCGGCUGGACCAAGCAUCUAGUCUACACUCUUCCUUUGCGUCUCACGAUUCGGCUUGGGACACGUCGAGUGAGGUAGUCGGCCAGGAUGAUGGCGACAAAGAAGACCUGCCAAUGCUAUCUCCUUCGGCGACCCGGCACUCGCACAUGAGAUCUGCCUCCCUGCCCAGCUCAAUCGUGAACCUUGUGGACGCCGAGCCCGUCCAAAAGCGGAGAGUCACCUCCUUCGAACACGAAACCACUUUCAACAUGGAGUACUCCCCCGAGUACAUUGCGAAGAGACGCCGCAUUUCGACCUCUCCCGAGCUCGAGCGACGAGGCGUCAAUUUCACCCCAAGGUGGAGUCGUGAACCGCCCUCUCCAAACACAGCGGAAGAAGUCGGACGGAGUAGUCAACUAGCCCGCGCCAGAGGUACGACGCCUUUUGCGUAUGCUACACCACAUAGUAAUCUCGAUUCCCGGGGCGGAUGUGGAGAUGGAGAUACUGUCGCCAAUAGCGAUGAUGACAAUCGAGACGGAAACAACGAAAUGUACGGGGAAGAAUGGCAAGGUGUUCAGGAAGAUCAAGAUCAGGAUCAGGAAGUGCUUAUCGAUAGCCCGGAGGUGGAAGAGAAGAAUAAGGCGAUCAUCGAGGGCUUGAUUGACCAGGAGAACUCGGAUGGUGGGGACUUGAGUCUAUGGAGUUUGACUCGAUUGUGA